AUGAAUUCCGUGUUUCGUCAGCUUUCCGUAGCUCUGUCGAGUGCCAACUUGAGAGGGAUUAAUGUGCAAUCGAGAUUUCGACUUCAACGAUCGCCAAUCGCCUUAGCCAGCAGAGCAGUCGUUUCCCAGACGCAACGAAACUAUUGCUGCUUUGAGAUGAAACCGAAGGUAUACGUGACCCGGAACGAUUACGCCCGUAUCGGGUUGGACCUUUUAAGAGAAGAAUGUGAUAUUUCACUAUGGGAUGAAGCGUAUCCUGUGCCGCGCGAUGAAUUCCUCAAAAAUGUGGCCGGCAAAGAUGCGAUCUACUGUUCGCUGAAUGAUCGCAUCGACAAAGAGCUGCUUGAUCAGGCAGGACCCAAUCUUAAGGUCAUCUCGACCAUCUCAGUUGGCUACGAUCAUAUCGAUGUGAAGGAAUGCAAACAGCGCGGAAUUCGCAUUGGAUACACGCCGGAAGUUCUAACCGAUGCCACGGCCGAAUUGACGGUCGCACUGCUGCUGGCAACGGCGCGUCGUUUAUUCGAGGCCAACAAGCAAGUACACACAGGCGGCUGGAAAUCGUGGUCGCCGAUGUGGAUGUGUGGCACGGGUGUAAAAAGCUCUGUGGUGGGAAUUUUUGGCUUUGGUCGUAUCGGUCAAGAGGUGGCCAAACGUUUGGCACCAUUCAAACCGGCUCGCAUUCAGUUUACAAGCCGAACGGAUAAAUUUCUCACCGCGGAAGAUUUAGGCGUAACACAAGUUCCAUUCGAUGAGUUAAUUGAAACGAGCGAUUUCCUUAUCAUCGCUUGUUCGUACAACGUAGAAACGGCCAACCUGUUCAACGAUGCUGUGUUUUCGCGCAUGAAACCUUCCGCAAUCUUAAUUAACACCAGCCGCGGUGGUGUGGUAGAGCAGCACGAUUUGAUCCAUGCUCUGCGUGCGGGUAAAAUACAGGCUGCAGGAUUGGAUGUGACCACGCCGGAACCACUCCCGCUAGAUAAUCCGUUACUUACCCUACCGAACGUUGUGGUGCUGCCCCACAUUGGCAGUGCAGACAUCGAAACACGCAUCGAAAUGUCGCGCAUAACGGCUUGCAACAUUUUGGCCGGUUUGAAGGGUAUAAAGAUGCUUUCGGAAGUUUAGUG